GUGUUUUCAAGAAAUUCUCAUAAUGAACUAGGCAGCAAGGCUACACCCCCACUGGCUUGCGGUUUCAAGUUUGGAGGGCUGUUUCAUCUUCAUUCUUCUUCCCUUCCCAGCAUCAUUUCGAUCACCAGACGCACCCACUGGACUAGAAGAUCACCAUGAAGAGAAUCAAACAUCCAAUCCCAGAAAAUGAGCAACAAACCCAGGAAGCAGCUCAAGAUCGGGGACCAGAAAAUGAGGUUGCCGUCUCUUCCAUUGAUGAUCUUCCAACCCCCAUCCUUCUCCAGAUCCUCUCCAGUCUCCCUCUGAAAUCCAUUUUCACUUGCAGGUGCGUCUGCAGAACAUGGCUCAAUCUUCUGUUAGAUCCCCAAUUUGCUAAGCUGCACUUCGAUAGAGCACCACUUUGCACUUUGCUUCGACCCAUUUUCCACGAACCCUUCUCGCAAAAUCUCUAUUUGAUUGAGCUCAAAGGCAAUCCCGCCUUCGAUAUCGGUGGCCGCCGAAUCGCUCGGGAAGUUAGUGAUUGCACUUGCGGGGAUGAUGUUUGUCACACCAAUUGUGAUGUUCACUUCAAAAUGAAGCUUAACACCAUAUUUAGGGUUCCAAAACUUGAGUCCGAGGUGCAGCAUAGCAGCGAAGAAUUUGAGAUCGUAGACACUGAGCUUAACAUGGUGAACUCAUGCAAUGGCUUGCUCUGUUUGGGGGAACCGCAUGAUGGCGACAGCGCUGUUAUAUACAAUCCUAUCACUGGUGAAUACAUAAGGCUUCCAAACGCGGGAGCGGAUGAUUUUUCCACAGGAUAUGUUGUUUGGGGGUUUGGUUUCAGCUCAAAAAGUAACCAAUACAAGGUGUUAAAAAUGGUGCUUCGAUGGAUAGAAUACGAUACAUUUAUUUGGGGAGCCAAGGUGGUCACAGUUGGAAGGGGAGGUUGGAGGAACAUUGGACCUACUCCCGUCACUUGGGAUUAUCAAUCAUCUUCUGUCUUUCUGAAUGGAUCCCUUCAUUGGCUCUGUGAUUACUUCGUUCAACCAACCUUUGAAAUUAAGCCUCCAGCUUUUGUUCUUUAUUUUGACAUUGACAGUGAACAAUUCGGUGUAUUUGCACCACCGCCUCCUUACUUGAGCAAACUGUGUGAGAAGAGUGUGUCUGAUCUUAGCAUGAGAGAAUUAGAAGGUUGUCUUUGUAUAUGCGAUGCUUCUAAUUAUGAUUCUGUUGACAUAUGGGUGAUGAAAGAAUAUGGUGUGCAAGAAUCCUGGACUAAUGUGUCUUCGGUAGAGACCUGCUGGGUUGACAGGUGCCCUAUGGCUUUACGUCAACCAAUUGAUAACCUGAAUAAUGGGAAUGGAAAUUUAUUGAUUUACAAUGAUAAAAAUGCUCUAGUUUCUUAUGACGGAUUAGGAUUCAGAUAUUUGAAGAUUCAUGGAAUUGAAACACAAUUUGAAGUAGUCACUCAUACUCCAAGCUUUCUUUCUCUCAUGGAUGCUGCAGUGGGAGAUAAUUUGGAGGUGCUGAAAGUCAAGUCAAGAAUGGCUGUUUCCUUGGACUUGAGCCUGUGACCAACCAAUCAUAAAAGGAACAACCUUACUGUUGAUCCAAAUCCCUUGGUGGCUAAACAAAAUUCUCUGCGUAUUUCACAUUUGUGGUUUAUCUCUUUAUUUCAUAUAUAUAUAUAUAUAUUAGUAAGAAUCUGCCAAUGCAAGUAUUUUUAAAAGCAAAAUUUAAAAGGGUCUCUUGCAAGCUGUAAGAUGCUAAAAUAGGUGGUGCAUAAGAGUUACUACUGCAAUUAUUAUGUGUUUCUGCGUGAAAAUAGGAUGCUAGUAAUGUUCCGUGACAAUUUUUUUGAUUAUAUGGAUGUCUCGAGCAUCUUAUUGAUGUUUGUUUAAGCAACUGUUGCUACAGGUCUCUUGAGCUUGGGCCACAAGGGUUUGAAGCCCUUUUCUUGGUGGAAGAAGAUGGAGAAACAGACCCUACAUUCUCAGAUUCUGUUUACUCAACGGAUACUAGUGAAGAACAGGAUGAUCCAGAAAAUGCCGAGGAUCAGGAUGAUUCAGUAAAUGCCAAGACUUAGGAACAGUCCUAAUACUGCAAGCCUAGCCAUGAAUAAAUGUCUGCAUUAUUAGUUGCUGGAAAAUUUUGCUUUCUGGCUUAUGUAUUAUCUGACCUGUUAGACUUAUCCUCUUUUAAUUUGAUAUUUUGCACAUUUCUGGUGAAUUUAAAUCAUGCAAAUCAAUUUCUAAAUAAGUUAAGGAAA